GAAGGGGAAGGUUAGUGGGAAGUAAUGGCGCCUCCAUCCUUCCAGGCCCUCAGGACAGACACAUUGGCUCCUCUUUCACUUUCUCCCAGACCCCACAUCCAAUCCAUCUGCUUUGGUCUGCUUGACCUCCAAACCAUUCCUGAUUCUGACCACCUCUGCCCUUGGCCCCCACACUGCAUUUUCAUCAUCAGCCAGAGGACCAGGUAACUUCCCUGCCCAAAACCCUCUGAUGGCUUCCCACCUCAAAGUAAAAGCCAGUCUUUCCAGAGGCCUACAAGGCCCUAUGCUUCUCUUGCCCUCCCUGACCUCUGACCUCUACUCCCACUGUACCCCCGCCUUGCUCACUCCAUUCCUGCCACCCUAGCUUCCGGACUGUUGCUCAAACACUCCAGACACAUUACCGCCUCACAGCCUUUGCCCUAGCUAUCCCUUCUGUCUAGAAUGUUCUUCCCCAAGUAUCUACACAGCAGAGCUACUGGGGUCUUCUCUCAAACGUUAGCCUCUUCAUGGGGCCUUCCCUGCCUCCCCUAUUGAAAACUGUAGAUGCCGCUCUGACCUAGUCUGGCCCAUCCCUCUAUGGUCACAGUCUGUGUGUUUCACCCAUACCCCUGCAACCCCAAAUAUAAGUGCCCCGAGAGCGGGACUUCGUCUUACUUUACUACUUUACCCCUGAGUCCAGGGCCUAGCACAGAGCAGAUGCUCAGUACAUCUUUGCUGAGUGGAUCAUAGAAGUUUGGAAAAGUUAGAAGAGGUAGUUGGGAGCCAGAUCAACAGGUGGGGCCUGCUCUGAGCUGGGCAUUGGGGCGAUUGACAGGAGGGACCAGACAACCAGAGAGGAGGUGACACACUUGGCUGGCCUGGGGGAGGAGCCCCAGACCUGGACCAAGACCACUGGGAUGGACAGGAGGAGGAACUGGUUUGUAUUACCACCCAAACCAUCCCUCCGCCUGUGGACCAAGCAGGUGUUAGGAAUCCGUCUGUAGAAAUAAAUGCACCAGGAUAGAGGCUUGAUGCACAAGAAUGUUUAUUGCAGCAUUGGUUUGAAGUAGUAAAAAAAGGGGGGGAGGAACAGCUUGAAUUUUCUGAAAUUAGACUAGUUGAAUAAAAUAAAUAAUGUAUUCAUUCUAGAAACUAGUAUAUAGCUAUAAAAAUAAGUUAUAUAUAAAUGGAGUGACCUGGAAGUUUGUCCAUGAUAACUUGUUAAGAGUCUCUUACAGAAGGUAACACAGUAGGAGCCAGUGUUUGAAACACGGAGGUCACAUACGCACAUACAUCUUUGAACAUAUUUGUAUUAAUGUCAGAAAGUCUGGAACAAGACCACCAAAUUCUAACCACUGCUCACUGCGGGGUGGGGGUGGGGGGUUGGAGGGCAGAAGGGAAGACUUCUAUACUCUUCGACUUGCUGUAACAGGUGGUAUCACUUUUAUAAUUUCACAAAACGAAACCCAACCCAACGCAGGGGGAUCCCCGCCCCCCGCACCUCACCUCGAACCUUCCUUCCCCAGGAGGAGACACUCUGCCCCUACAGUGCAGCCCAACGUCCAGCCAGAGGGUCUUGCCUUCCAAACAGCCAGACUCAGCCAUCUACCUGCCUCCCAUCCUGGCGGCCCGGCCCCACCUCCGGCCUGCCAGCUUGUGCCAAGCCAACGGGGCCUACAGCCGGGAACCAUUCAAGCCUCAAGCCACCCGUAAGUGAGAGGGCCUCCAGGGGGACCAGAGGGCCCAGCAGCCCACGGGCCAGGCAAGCAGGUGUCUAAGGAAAUUCUCUGCUGUUUAUACGAAUGUGCUUGAGCCUUGGCACGCCUUCGCUUGGGGUGUUCAGGGUCCAGGGGAAACCGGUUAGGUGAUCCUUUUUUCUUUUCUGAGAACUCUGUAAUGAUUACCUGGAGGCCACCAGUCCCUGAGGAGCGUUUGGCUGUCUGGUCUCAUGGCCACUGCUCUCUUAAGGUGACAGAGUCACUCCAAUCCAGAGCUCCUCUGUAUGCCAGCCUACUCCGUGGAGCCUUUGGCCCCCUUCCUGCUUGGCGUCCGAGGUUAACUCCACGCAGCCUCUCUGCCCAGCCCGCCGUCACGGCAGGCACGGUUUUCUUAGCCUCGCUCCGCACCAGAGCCGUGUGUGGGUUCUACCUUCGUUCUCCCAGCCUUCUUGCCUGGGACAAGGCAGGAGAUCUGGACAAAGAGAAGCGAAGACUCCAAAAUAUUUUUGCUACCGGGAAGGACUCCGAGGAAUGGAAAAGAAAGCCCCCUCCCGUGCGACAAGAGGACUCAGCCCCCGAGCUGGACCGCUUUGAAGAAUUGGUAAAGGAAAUCCAGGAGAGGAAAGAAUUCCUGGCUGGCAUGGAGGCUCUGGGACAGGGCAAACAGUACCGAGGGAUCAUCCUCACUGAGAUCUCCCAGGUAGGAGAAGCAACAGGAAGGGGAUGGGGGAGGCCCGCCAUGAGCGUGCGGCAGGAGACAGGAGUGGGUGAGACAGCCGGCACCCAGGUCGGGCCCGGGUCUGGGAGUCUUCUCUAGCCUCACAUCAGCAGCGGCUCCUCAAGUUCUCUCCCUGAUCCCCAGCUUUCCCUGAUGUCCUUUGCAGAAACUACGGGAAAUGGAAGACAUUGACCACAAGAGGAGUGAGGACCUUAGGAAGGCUCUUGUCACCCCUUGACCUGUCUCCAGAGACAGGGGUAGGGUAGCCCAUCCUGGACCACUGGAGCCUACCCCCUGGCCAAGCAGAGCCAUCACCACCUACCCUGGCCUUCAGUCACAGCAGAUGGCUAUGCAGCCCUGCCUUGGCCUAGGGGACCCUGGGCACACACGGCAUUCUAGAAAAUAGACCAACCUCAGGGAAUGGGCUCGUUCUACUCGAGACUCUGUCCAGGGGGCCUGGGUCAGCUGGGCUACUGACCACAGUCACAGACACACACACAUAUGCACACACACACAAACUUCGAGUCUUUUCUCGGGGAAAGAGCCCAUACACAGUGAAGGCAAGGCCCAAUCUCACCACCUUGGGCGUGUGUCCGAGGACAUCCAACAGGCCUCUUCCUCCCCCUCCCCCAACGCCCACUGUGAGUCCUCCACAUCCAGUUUUCAGACCUGCGGAAUGAAUGACUCCUUCCUUCCUACCUGCCUUAGAACCUACUUAUCUGACUUCUCACAGCCUUAGGCAAAUGUUUAACCACUAUGAUUAAUUGGCCGGUAAGACAUAUUUAACAUAGGUCAUGACAUACACCAUUCUGUUUUCAAAAGGAUGGGCUUGUUUGUUCAAGGAGUUCGAAUUUUUCAAGUACAGAUGCCUUUUGGCUGUUUGUAUAUCUCAAGUGGAAAUGAGAACCAACACUUCUCGGACACCCCACGGCCAGGGCAUUGUGUCAGGGACUGAAUUUCACUUGGUUCAUUCUCUCAAUAAAACUGUGCGAAGACGGA